AUGGGUACAGCAUGGUUUUUUGAUCACAACGGCUCCGUUUGGUUUAUUCGGGGAAAGUUUGGCUGUCUCCGUUACUUCAUCCCGCUCGCGUCGGGGCGGCUGGAGCAGCAGGGGCUGAGCUGGGAGGCUGCCCGGGCCGCGGCUGCGGGCCCGGGACCGCCCCGUUGCCCCGGGAGAGCUGUUCUGGGCGGUGCCGGGGGUGCCGGGGUGCGGACCCGGCCUGGCCGGCCCUGCCCGACCCGGUCCCACGGCCGCGGCCGGAGCCGGGCGCUGCCCGGUGCGCAGGGCCCGGAGCUCAGCCCCUGCCAGAUUGCCCCAGGUUUUGUCGAGUCUGGUUUUCCCCCAGAAGGCUUGGUCCUUUUGAGAACGCUCUGUAAAAAGAAACGAACAAACAAACAAACAAAUAACCCCAGCCCCCCCCAAAACCCGCAGUUAGUUCAUCGUGCAGCAAGACCUCGGAACAGACCUGUGUUCAUUUCGGCAGUUCAAAAGGAGGAGGAGCCGCUGAAGAUGCACUGCAGGAGCUGCGCGCUGGUCACCAGCUCCGGGCACCUCCUGGGCAGCAGGCAGGGGCGCAGGAUCGACGAGAGCGAGUGCGUCAUCCGCAUGAACGACGCGCCCACGCGCGGCUACGGCAACGACGUGGGCAACAAAACCAGCCUGCGAGUCAUCGCGCACUCCAGCAUCCAGAGGAUCCUACGGAACCGCAACGAACUCUUAAACAUGAGCCACGGCGCUGUGUUCAUCUUCUGGGGCCCGAGCAGCUACAUGAGGAGAGAUGGCAAAGGCUUGGUGUACAAUAACCUGCAGCUGAUGAACCAGAUACUGCCUCAGUUAAAAGUGUACAUGAUUUCUCGCCACAAGAUGCUUCAAUUUGAUGACCUUUUUAAACGGGAGACUGGAAAAGACAGGAAGAUAUCCAACACUUGGCUUAGCACGGGCUGGUUCACAAUGACUAUCGCAUUAGAGCUCUGUGACAGGAUAAAUGUUUAUGGCAUGGUGCCACCGGAUUUCUGCAGGGAUCCUAAUCAUCUUUCAGUACCUUAUCACUACUACGAGCCUCUGGGACCGGACGAGUGCACAAUGUACAUUUCCCACGAGCGGGGCCGCAAGGGCAGCCACCACCGCUUCAUCACUGAGAAGCGCGUCUUCGAGAACUGGGCACGGACAUUCCACAUCCGCUUCUUCCAGCCUGACUGGGAACCAGAGCCGCUCCAGGGAGCCCAGCCCGAGGCCAGCCCGCUGGCCUGAGGCAUGGACACACCAGCCCAGCCAGGUCACCUCCCGCAGCAGCAGCCUUUGGGGCUUUGGGCCAGCACGGCAGCCUGGAGGAGAAGGGUCCCAGGGUGUGCAGCUGGCACCUGCAGCAGCAGUCAGGAAUGGCAUGGAGGAGCAGCACACACCCCCAGUACUUGCUGUUAAACUGUAUGAACCCAGUUUGUCACCUUUUGGGGCCAUCUGACAUCCUGUGUGUGUUUGUGAUUCGUGAAACACAACCUGAGUGUCAUUAAGGGACCGUUAACUCAUUAUGGCUUUUUUAAGUACAAUGCCACUGAAUUUUCAUAGUGAGAACUUUCCGGAUUUAUUUAAUGAAGGGGUUUAUGCAACCUAGGCCAGUAUUUUUCUAAUUCACAAUUAUGUGGUUGUUUAUCUUUCAUAAUCUUUUAAAUCCAAAAUUAAUAUUGUUGAUGGUUUGAAAGGCCUAGCUUUUUAUUUAUAAAACUUGUUUGAAAUACAUAAUUCUAUAUGGCAUGUAAUUAAUAUUUGAUCAAGAAAUGUUGGAUUUCUUCUAAGAAUUUUGGGCUCUGUUCCAGCCUAAAGCCUUUAACAGCAAGAGUGGUCCCAUGUGCAGAUCCAGCUCACUUUACAUUCUAACAUCUUAUGUUAAUACAAAAAUGGUAGUGAAAAUUCUGUUUGAUAUUAAUGUGCAUUUGCUGCUGUGCUGUCGAGCUGCUGUUUUUUAAAUAGGGGUGGGAGGAAGGAGGGCAAAGAAAAUUUAUCCCCCAAAAGCCAAACCCCCCCACUGGCCAUGGCAGCAGCUUCUCAGUGAAGACAAGCUAAGGCUGGAGGGGCUGUGUUCUGUUUUGCCUCUUGUAUUCCUGCAAGAGGCUGCCAGCAACCCCCCUGAGGCAACAGACUACAAGCCAGGCCACAGCUGCUCAGCACAAUGUGACCAUAUUUCUGGAAUGGAGAAGGUAAACUACCAGUACUACAAUACCAGUCAUGGUAGCCAGAAAGAUCACAGCACUGCACCUGCAAAAAUCUCUGCCUUCCACUGUCCCAAGAUCAUCACUGAUCUCGGAGAUUCUGCAUCACACUGAAGCUGGGAUGUGAAAAGCGUUCCAUGAGUACAAAAUUGUCCUCCGGAGAGGAGCAAAGUUAAACUCUGUUUUUUUUUUUCCAUGAAGUACCUGUAUGUAGGUGGUGAGUCCCUGCAAAACAAAGGGAAAGGACAAUGCUCAUGCUGUGUAUGGAACCUCACAGUGGGAAUUACUGGGUUACAUGUGGCUUGUGAAUAAAGAAGAUUUCAGUUACAGUAUUACUUUUCCUUUUGCUUCACAAUUAUCAAAUCUCAAAUUUUUUGGAAGUAAUCAGUAACUAUUGCAUGAAACAUAUCUCAGGUGAUGAAAGGUGUCUCUCAUAGACAAGUGCAAAAGCUAGAACAAAGAUACUACCUUUAAACACCUAAAUCCAAGAAGCUGAACCUCAGAGACAAGGCACAGAACUGGACCAAACACUCUCAUUUAAACCCCCUUAUAACCCAUGGUCUUCCUCUUUCCAAAACUGGAUAGCAAUAGCUGCAGCUGCCCCACAGAUACCCUGAUUCUCUGGGGACAAAGUGAACUGUCCUGGCAGGGGCAAACUGGUGUCACCUUUGUAAUACUGCCUGAACCUGAAGUGCAAGUCUCCAAGAGCCACUGCCUUGCUGCAGCCCUGCCCACUAUCAAAAAGUAGAAAUCUAUAAUGUAUUUUGCCUUAAAAGCUUUUUUUUUGGUGUUCUUCCUGGUACACACCACUCAGCUUACAAACUGAAUGCCAAGUGCAUGUUACCUUUCUCUUGACAGCUGGUGUUUACCUCUCCUUCUUUCGCUGAUGGUGUUUUAUUCCUUCCACUUGAUUUCACUGCAUUCUAUAAAAAACAAAAUGGGUUUUGAACUAAUGGCAGUUUGAACAUCCCUUUCAACAUGUGUACUGGGUGUGUAUGCAGCACAUAUUGCCCCAAUUGAUGAAAUCUGUCAAACUGAUUUACAGAUCGUUUCUAAUGUGACUGCAAGACGUGGUACAGAUCACAGUAGGUCCUCUGAUGCUUCUGUCCCUGUUUUAUU